AUGAGACCAGGAGGCAGCAUCUUGCACAGCGGAGCACGCCCGCACCGGAUGCAGUGGAGAGCGUUGCACUCUUUCAUGGCAGACGUCUCUUUUUUUCCAGCCGAAAGCAGUUCACCCGCGAUUCCCAGGAUGAGCGAGUCCUGUGUCAGCGACACAUCAAGCGAGGCCUCGGACUUGUCCUUUGGGGACUCGAGCGAUUCUUUGGAGGAGGAUUCCGAAACGUCCGAAACAGCGCGGCUCGGCAGUUGGUUUCGCCUCACCAGCCUUGACAAACGCCCGUCAAGAUCUUCGAGACGUUGUCAUCAAUCUGGUCCGCGGCUCACUUGGCGCCAGGCCUUACCGGAUUGCGCAUUUGCCAUCUUCCAGCUGCUACUACUCGUUCCGGCACUGUUCCCGGAGUUCCUGUCGCUAAGUGAUGGCUCCGAAUUCUGUGACGAUGUGGUGGAGGCGCGAAAGGAGCAUUUGGGAGAUGACAUCAAUGGCAUCGCUCCUGGCAUGAGAUUCUCCGUGCUGGUUUACUCCUUCAGCGCUCUCGUCAACAUCGCCGCAAACCUCUUUAUCUCCUUGCGCAUGCGCUUGACCUUUGCCUCUGCCUCAGGGCAGAGCAAGAUGCUCAGCACAGAGGCCUCUGUCUGCUCCGUCUUGUCGCUGUCCUGGCUUCUGGCCGGGCUUUCUGCUGCCAGCUGUGCAGCCACGUGGUGUUUUCCAGGACUUCGCGGCAUUCAUCUGGGCUUGGCACUCAACGUGAUCACAUCGCCGUUGCUGCUCCUCUUGGUAGCAGCAUUCAUAAGGUCUGUGAAGCUGCGGCUGAAGCUUUUAGAGGUUGGCUACGGGAAGCCCUUGGGCGCCCCGCCUGGAUGA